AUGGCCCCCUCGGCCCAAAUAGUGAACGGCUGCAAGACGUUCAUCCCUCUCGAGAAUAACCCUGAUGUACUGGCUCACCUCUGCGAGAAUCUCGGCGUCGCACCCGGUUUGAGCUUCCACGAUGUCCUCUCUACAUCACCAGAUAUGCUCGAGUGGAUUCCCCGUCCCAUCCAUGCUCUCGUCGUCCUCGCCCAUGACCCGAUCUACAAUGCGGCUCGCUCCGCCAUAGAACCGACGAUCCCCGAAUAUAAGGGCUCUGGUCCCGAUGAGCCGGUCGUUUGGAUGAAACAAACUAUCGGCCAUGCUUGUGGACUUAUGGCCCUUCUACACUGUCUCUUCAACUACGAAGGUGGACUCUAUGUUGCGCCUGACUCCGAGCUGGAUAAACUCCGGAAACGGGCGAUUGAAUUGGGACCAGCUGAGCGGGCGGAUUUACUUUACAACUCAAAGUUCUUGGAAGAUGCGCAUAUGGAGAAGGAUGGACAGGUGUGGGAGUUGAAUGGGGGCCUGAAUGGUCCUCUUCUUCGAGGACGCCUGGAAGAGGGCGAUUUGCUCAGCGAAAAGGGACUUGCCUUCACCGUGCAGGAUUAUCUUGACGCCGCCGCGAAAGGGGGCCAUGGGGAGAUGUGCAUUGUUGCUGUAGCAGGAUAUGAUGCUCAAUUACUUUAG